AUAAUAAUAAUAAUAAUAAUAAUAGAGGGAGAGGAGGAAAGACAAAACACCUCAUUUAUUUAUUUCGGUCUGGCAGAUUCUUUAUGUAGCCAAACAUGUUCAAGUAUCGGAUCCGCAUGUUUUUCAAUGAACUGAAAGUCCUGGUGUUUAUGCGAUCCGAUUCGAGACAGUCCGGCUCAGACACAGAUAGACGGUCCACCACCAUGCGAGGUCUGGGGAUGGGCGGCUGCGGUUGGCCGCCUUUCGUCGACUGCCAUUCCCGGGAUGACGAGGAGGAGUACUACGGCAGCGACCCACGGCCCCGGAGCCUGGCGUUUGAGGACAAGGAGCCCAAGCUGCAAGUGGGCCUGGACGCCGUGUCUCUGGCCAGCACCGCCAGCAGCCUGCGGACCCCCCAGUGCCGGAUCUGUUUCCAAGGCCCAGAGCAGGGCGAGCUCCUGAGCCCCUGCCGCUGUGACGGCUCUGUGCGCUGCACCCAUCAGCCCUGCCUCAUCCGCUGGAUCAGUGAGAGAGGCUCCUGGAGCUGUGAGCUCUGCUACUUCAAAUACCAGGUCCUGGCCAUCAGCACCAAGAACCCUCUGCAGUGGCAGGCCAUCUCUCUGACUGUGAUAGAGAAAGUGCAGAUAGCAGCCAUUAUUCUGGGUUCCCUGUUCCUCAUUGCCAGCAUCUCCUGGCUCAUUUGGUCCUCCCUCAGCCCCUUGGCCAAGUGGCAACGUCAGGACCUGCUCUUCCAAAUCUGCUAUGGCAUGUAUGGCUUCAUGGAUAUCGUCUGCAUAGGCCUCAUCAUCCAUGAGGGAUCAUCGGUGUAUCGAAUAUUCAAACGAUGGCAGGCUGUCAAUCAGCAGUGGAAAGUAUUGAACUAUGAGAAAUCAAAGGACUUGGGCGACCCGGUGAGUUUGAGCAGUAAGACGGGGACUCGCGGCUCUCGUGGUAACCCUCGUGGUCUGGCCAGCGGCAGCGGUGGCCGACAGAGCAGGAGGCUAAGAACUAUUCUGAACCACCACUGUGGAUACACCAUCUUGCACAUCCUGAGCCAACUGAGGCCCAACGACCCGCAGAUCAGCUCCGCAGCCAACCGUGAGGUGGUGAUGAGGGUCACCACUGUAUGAGUGGGACUAGGGCACGUGGGAUGGAAUAGACCUUGUCUUUGUGUAAAUGAGUGGAGGGACUUAUGGAACUGACAUUAAAUACUAAAGACUCACUUGGGCAACAGGAGCCGUGUGAGAAGCUGAGUGAUGCCCGGAGCAUCAACAGACAGACACACUUGAGGAUUUCUCCUCUUGUUUCAUACAAUAGGAGGAAGCCAGAUGCUCCUUUUUAAUAAUUAAAGAACUGAUAAAAAAUAAGAAUGAAAAAAGCAUUAAAAGACAUCAAACAUGAAAUAUGGGGGGGGGGAGGGGGAGUGUAAACAGGCUUUAUAACCUAAUCCAAGAUGAUGAAAUGUUUUUUCCACUCUAAUAUCAGGAUGCUCAGAGACAAUUUUCUUUUUGAUUUGGUUCCUCCUGGUUUAAUUUGUAUCUAUUGUUCUUUUUUUUACUCACUUAGAUUUUUCUAUGGAUGUUUGGUUUGAGAGGAAAUCACGUAAUUCCAUACAUGCCAAGCAUUUCCAGUAUAAUGAUCUUAAAAUUUCUACAAGCUAACAGAUGCUGGUAAAUAGACCGAAAACUGAAUCAAACAAAACAACGAUGAGGAGGAUGACAGAACAAUAAGUCAUUACAAGUUUAAAAAAAAAAAAGAAAAUGAAAGAAAGAAAGAAAAAGAAAUCAUUAAGAUUUCAAUGACACUUAAACUUUCUGCAAUAAAGAUACAUAUGUACAUUUCACAGAGAUUUUUGCAUGGGUAUAUAAUUUUAUUCUUCAUCACAUAACAUAAGCACAUGACAAAUUAUCUCUAUUUCGAAUGGUGCUUGCCAAAAUAAACACUUUAAAAACAUUUGAUUUCAGUGCACCAACCUUUUGUCAUAAUGACAAAUGGCAGUGUGUUAUUUCAGCUAAAAUACAGAUUGUUGCUGCUGUGUGCCGAUUUGAUAAUAAGUAAACUAUUGGAUUAAAAAUGGAGAAUCAAAUGAUCUCUUACUAAUCAGUCUUGUUCGGUCUGUUCUUUACCCCACUCGUAGCUUAGACCGUGCAUGGUUUGGUCGAGUGUGUCAUUGUUUUCUGCUGUGAAAAUGUAGUGAGGUAGUAAUAAGGGAAUAUAAGUAAAAUGGGACACCUGUUAUUUACAAUAGUAUUUUCAUUUAUUUACUUGUUUAAACUGACUGAAACUCUCCCUUAGUCCAAAAAGAAAUCAAUCAAGCAGAUUCUGGUAAAAGGAAUUUGUUCAGAGUAGAGUUAUCAAGCAAAAAACUCAUUGAAUUAGUCAUUAUCUGGUUGCAGCUUCUUCAAUGUGAUAUUUGCUGUUUUUCUCUAUUGUAUCAAAAUUUUAAAUCAGUAUUUUGGAGUUUUGUGCAGUUAGUCUGAUAAAACAAGAUAUUUGGGGCUCUGGGAAAUAGGGCACUUAUUUUUCACUAUUUUCUGACAUUUUAUAGACUAAACAGGAAAAUAUUCUGCAGAUUCACAGGUGAUGAAAAUAACCAUUAGCUGGAGCCCUAGAUCAGAAGAAUACUCACAGCUCUUGCAGUAUAAUAUUUAAGUUCCUUUACACAACAGAAUUGAAUUCUUGUGAUGCAAUAAGAAAUGCUACAAAUAGCACAAAGUACAAAUCUACAGAAAAAAAUAUAAAUAUAGAGAAUAUAGGAAUAUUAUAGUACCAUAAAGCACAAUGUAGUGCCACAAUAUGACCACUAUAAAUUUACUGUUAGGCACCACAGACACUAUACUACCUGUUAUAAGAAUUUAAUAGAAAUAUUAUGAGCAUACAUUAAGAACAUUAUAGUGACACUACUGGACAUUUAAUAGCCAAUGUAAUUACAGGAAUUCCAUAAAAACUCUUGACACACCAAAUUCCCCAAACUAUGCUAUAGUAAUUCAUCCAUCUACUCAACAUGGUGGUCCUUGUAUAAAUACAGGACAGACCAGCACUAAGCUUAUGUUCACAUUGCAGGCCUUACUGGUCAAUUCACAUCUUUUCUGUCACAUCUGAUUUUUUGAUGAUGUUUCACUACCAGUCAACAGUUUUGACACAUGUUCCCCUUUAGUUCAAUGGGAAAGGCUGGCAAGAACGUGUGUCCAAACGUUUGACUGGUGGUGUAUGUAGGCAACAUGUGUUUGACUCAUGUGUGAACACUGCUGAGGUCCUACACUGUCACACAUGCACAGAUGUAACUGUAGUGUGGACCACACACAUUCAAGAAUAACAACAAGAUCAACUGCGCCACGGUCAAAUUGUGCAGUUCCCACAAAAACCACUCGGCUCCUUCCAGCUUGGCUUGACCAGAUGUUUUUCUGUGUCUGGUUUAUACAUACAUCCACAAAAAGGUCAGAUUUGAGUCAUUUGGAGGGGGAAAAAAGUUAAAACUGUGCCACGUCAGCAUGUGAUGUGAACAUACAGCCUAUGGCCAUGUUAGGAGCUCUGUAGGGCUGAGUCUGCACAGCACAACUUUGAGGUAAAUCCUAAUGCUAGCAUGCUAACAUGCUCAAGGUGACUAUGUUAAACUACAUGAUAAUGUUAAGUGGGUAAACUGUUUACCAUGUUAACCAUCUCAGUUAGCAUGCUAACAUUUGCAACUCCAGAUCUUAUGAUGUUAUAACUGGGAGAGCUGGCAGAGCAGACAAAAAUCAGACUAGGGCUACUCAAAGGCAAGGUCCAGGUGAGCAAACAAAGGCAGUCAGUGCAUUUGAGAAAGGGCAGGCAACAAACAGCGACUCAAGGAACAAAACAGGUAGGUAACAAGUCAAGCAGAAAUGUGGAAAGACACUCAAACCAAUUUUAGUGAAUGAUCUGGCAGAGGCUGAGUGGAAGACUGCAGGUAUUUAUCCUGGCUGGUUGAUUUAAAUAUCCUUCAGCUGUGUUGUCCACCUGUGGCAAAUACAUAUGUUACAUACUUUGUUAGAUUUAUCACCUCAGGACCAUGUAUGUUUGCACCAAACGUGCCAAAUCAUCAAGCUAUUUCACUGUAAAAGUGAAAACUUCAACCUGGUGGUGACAAUGGAAGAAAAGUUUGGGGAUCACCAUAUUGAGCAGGAGCCAUCCUCUGGGGACUGUGAUUGUCUUUAAAAAUCUUCAUGGCAGUAGUUGAUCUGAUAUUUCACUCUGGACCAAAGUGGUGGCCAAAAAAGUUUAUACUAAAAGGCAAAGCAGAAAGGACAGGGAGGACCUGUACAAAUCACAGUGACGAUAACAGGCUUUUUUCAUGGAAGACAUUUUGAAAUGUUACAAUGUAGGGGUAACUAAUCCAAUUAGUGAUGGAUGGACUGCAUGAAGCUGCUUUGGUUUCAGGGCUAUUGUGUAGGCUGUGCUCACUAUCAAGGCCUACUGGUAAUGUUACCAGUAACACCUUU